AGGGAGUGUUUGACUUACUGAACUAUGUGUUCUUUAAUGUCUGUAAAAGUUCUUAGCUCUGACGUGUCUGAUUGUGUAAGUGAGCUAAAGGAAAAACUGUUUGGCAAGACUGCGUGUACAAAGGAAACACCUCCUGUCUGAUAUAUUCCCUCUGAAAACUCAGACGAAACCUCAGAAGUUCCUCCUCAUCGCUGCUUUCUGAUUGGCUUAUUCUAACGGGUGGGCCCAAAACGAGGCUUACUGGAAUUGCGGCUACAAAAUACAACCAAUCAGCCAAAAGAGACACAGAAAGAGAGAGAGAGUGAGAAAAGGGAAGCCUGGACCUCUUGUUGCAGUUGUUGGCCGUCUGUCUAAAGAAGAACUGCUGUGCUCUGUUUAUUCGUUGGUCAUGUUGCCUCAGUGUGAGAGAGCGAGGAGUAUAAGUGGACGUCCAGAAGGGCCGUAUCGGGCGGUUGAAAGCAUCGAUGCACUGGUUACGCAGGGCUUUGAAGGAGUGGACACUCUGGACAAACUUUUUGUACAUGCUGUGAAGAGUUUCAAUCAGGCACCCUGUUUGGGCACCAGAGAGGUGCUUAGCGAAGAAGAAGAAAAACAACCCAAUGGGAAGAUCUUCAAAAAGCUGGUCUUGGGGAACUACAGCUGGAUGAGCUAUGAAGCCGUCGACCAAGCAGUGGAGUCUUUUGGCAGCGGUCUGGCAGCUCUGGGUCAAAAGCCACGGCAAACCAUUGCCAUCUUCUGUGAAACACGGGCAGAAUGGAUGAUCGCAGCGCAGGCCUGCUUCAGACGCAACUACCCAUUGGUGACUCUGUAUGCGACUCUGGGUGAAGAUGCUGUUGCUUAUGGGCUCAAUCAAUGUGGCGCCACUCAUCUCAUCACCAGCACAGAACUGCUGCAAAGCAAACUGAAGAAUGUUUUGUUUGCAGUCUCUGGGUUGCAGCAUGUUAUCUAUGUAGGCAGUGGUGAGGUACAUCAAGCUGAUUACCCACAAUCCCUCAUCAUCCACAGCAUGCAGGAAGUUACAGAGCUCGGGGCGAAGCCAGAGAACUUAAGUGUAGAGUACGAGAGGCCGAGUGCGUCUGAUCUGGCAGUGGUGAUGUACACUAGUGGCUCUACAGGGAAUCCUAAAGGAGUGAAGAUGCAGCACAGUAAUCUGAUUGCUGGGAUGGCGGGUCAGUGUCAGCGCAUCCCGGGCCUGGGGUCUCAGGACACAAUAGUAUCUUAUCUUCCACUGGCUCAUGUACUGGAGCUGACUGCCGAAAUCUCCUGUUUGUCACAUGGUUGCAGACUUGGAUAUUCCUCCCCACACACUCUCACGGACCAGUCUAGUAAAAUAAAGAAAGGCAGUAAAGGAGACUGUUCUGUGCUUAAACCCACUCUCAUAGCAGCAGUGCCGGAGAUCAUGGACCGAAUCUGCAAGAAUGUUAAUGGGAAGCUGCAGGAGAUGUCAGUCAUAAAGAGGACUCUGUUUAAAUUGGGUUUCGACUAUAAACUACAGCAGGUGUCAAAAGGAGCCGAUUCUCCUAUGUGUGACAUGCUGUUCUUCAAGCAGGUGAAUGUGCUUCUGGGAGGCUGUGUGCGCCGUAUGUUGAGCGGAGGGGCUCCACUGUCUGCUUCCACACAGAGAUUUAUGAACGUGUGUUUCUGCCCCAUUGCUGUGGGUUAUGGCCUUACAGAGACGUGCGGAGCUGGCACUAUAUCAGACUCUUCUGAUUACAGUACAGGACGAGUUGGAGCUCCUCUCAUUUGCUCUGAAAUAAAACUGCGAGACUGGCCUGAGGGUGGAUACACCAGCCAGGACAAGCCUCACCCAAGAGGGGAGAUUUUGAUUGGUGGACCAAAUGUUGCCAUGGGAUACUAUGGGAGUGAGGGGGAGGGGCAAAAUGACAAUUUCUGGGUUGACGAAGCGGGCCAGCGCUGGUUCUCUACUGGAGACAUUGGGGAGGUUCAUCCAGAUGGUUGUCUGGAAAUUGUGGAUCGGAAGAAAGACCUGGUGAAGCUUCAGGCAGGUGAAUAUGUGUCUCUGGGGAAGGUUGAAGCUGCCAUGAAAAACAGUCCCCUCAUUGAUAACAUCUGCGUCUAUGCUAGCAGUGACCAGAACUAUGUGAUCAGCUUUGUGGUGCCCAAUCAGAAGAACUUGACAGAGUUGGCAAAAAAGAGUGGGAUAGAUGGCGAGUGGGAUGACAUUUGUAACCACACUAUGAUGGAGGAGGAGGUGCUGAAAGUCAUCAAAGAGAUUGCAGUUACAAGUAAACUGGAAAGGUUUGAGGUUCCGCAGAAGAUCCGUUUAAGUUCUGAGCCUUGGACUCCAGAAACAGGACUGGUGACAGAUGCCUUUAAAUUAAAGAGGAAAGAGCUAAAAAAUCAUUAUAUGAAGGACAUUGAGAGGUUAUAUGGGGCUAAGUGAUGAACAUUAAACACCUAGUGAGGCUGAUUCCCUUCUGUUUUACACUUUUCACUAAACAUGAAAAAUGAAAGCCAACUGGGAUUCGUCCAUGUACAUUUUACUGCCAACCCUGCUGAUCUAAGUAGAAACACCAUUCUGCCCUCUGCUGGAUGUAAAUGAUCACUAUUUCCUCUGUGAUUAAGUACUAUGAGGAAAAGCUUAAUUUAAAAGCAAUAAAGAUGCAGUGAAGUUGUAUUAUUUUGUAUUUUCUACCCAAAAAGGUGCCUUAAAGCAUAGCUAUGUCAAAUGUUUUUUUUAAAUAGAAAAUUCUGCCAUAUCUACUUGAAAGUGUUUUUGGGAUGUACAGUUUCACAUUUUUAGUCUGUCAAUGUGAUUGUUUUGUUAAAAGUCAGUUGAACAAAUGCUGAUGCAAUGUUUUUAGGGAUUCAAUAACCUUAUUUCUAAGGAAAGAUCUGCAGAAAUAAACCUGGGAACUCUGUAAAUUGUGGAAAAUAAUGUGGUCUGAGUUUAUGUUUACAUAUGUAUAGGAAAUCGGUUUUUGAUUCUGUCUACUGUUGACAUGAAAGGGAAAAAAGUUUUUUAGGAUGUUUGUAUGUUUCAUCUCUAGUCGUUCAUGUGCACGGGUUCAAGGCACCUCACAAAACUAGGAAGUCAUCUUUUUACAUUUUAUGCUGUCUAUAAUAUUAUAUAGUUCAAAAAAGCUGUAUCAACAUUCCUCAGUAUAAACUGUCAUUCAUUUACUAUUUGGAUGAACAAAACUAAAUCAUUUGACUGCUUUUCUGUUUUAUGUGUUUUCAGAUGUUUUUUGUUCACAAUGCAAACUUGCUUAAGUUUUUUAACAGGUUGUUUCCUUGUGUAUGUGCUUUUUUCCAAUAUAUUUCAUAACACAGCUAUGUCCUGACAUUAUCUAUCAAAACAAAAAUGCUGCGCUGCCUUACUAGUUUGUACACCAAAGCUCCACAGAAUGUUGAUGCUUGUUGCAUUCUGUAGCUUGAUGUUUCAUUUCAGAAUUCAGUAGAAACCUGAAUUUUAUCUGUCAAAGCUUUACUGUACCAAUUGUUGUUCCUCAAUUUUCAUUUGGAAAAUUGGAUGUUUGACACUUUUAAGUAUGAUUAUUUUUAUAUAAAGGUCUGAUAUAUCUUUUUUACACCACUGUAGCAUUUGAAAUGGUUGACAAAGUAAAACACUUUAAAAUCUGUUUGACAUGAAUAAAGUCAACAAUGUUCAAGUCUUUUCUUUCUUUGUUUGUAAAUAGAAACAGUGUGAUUAAGAAACUAAACGGUUAUAAACAAAGUAACAGAAUAAUAAUUGAAAAAUAUGUGCUUUUUUCCCAGUA